UGGAAAUGGCUGGAACUGCAAACGCCGCGCAGCUGUUUCGUAAGUUGCGGGCGUUUAUCAGCCGCAGUCAAAACACAGUUUUCGAAACGAAAUUGAUAUAUUGGAAUACUGAAAACGACCGUCUUUGUGUACUAAAACAAUGUGUGCGGAUCUACCUAUUUAAAAACGUCUCGGUGAAUUUCUUCUACCGUUGCCAGAUGGAAGUGAUUAUGAUUAAGUCUGACAUCAGAGGACAAUGAUCGGUUUUCCACAACUCAAGUCAUUUUUGUAUCAGAACGUUAUGGAGAUCAAGAUUUUGUAAAGAUGGCAGAGACAUCUACGAGUGAUGGUCCUGCCACAGGAGCCGAUUUUGACAUGAUGAGCGCCCUUGACUGGAAAGACGGCAUAGCCACGUUGCCUGGCAGUGAUAUUCGGUUUCGGAUGACUGAGUUUGGCACCCUGGAGAUCGUCACAGAGGUGGAGCCCAAAGUUAAAGAGGCGGAGCUUACAAGCCCACAGUCUCAAACUACAAGCACCAACAAUAGUCAUUCUCUUGAGCAAAACAAAACUUCAAAUCAGACUGCAAAGCCCCAGUCGAAUACAGAGCAUCCGACAAGUACUGUGGUUUCCACUGACCCUCACAAGCAGGCAGGGGCAAACAACACUAAGAGCCCCAUUGCUGUGGAAAGCCCCAGUGUGAGUACAGUGCCCAAUGCGAUUGUUCCCAUGACUGAGGCGACUGCAAACUGCAGGUCAUGUGGUCUCUCUGGUUCACGCGAAUCCUUUGUACAAGGCAAAUUUUGCAGCGCUUCUUGCGUACAGCCCUCCAGUGGCAGGUCAACCCCAGCUGAGGCUGUCGAAGGAGAGCGUUUAGGUAAACGUGUGAGAAAGAAGAAAAAGAUGUUUAUGGAAUCUGGAGAUGAAGAGGAGGACAACAUAGAGGAGGAAGAGGAGAAGGUUAAAUCCUCAAAGGGAAGACGAGCAGCUAAAGUUGCUAGACUAGUGACAGCACCUCUUGUUAAGAAGAAAAACUGGAGUUGGUCAGCAUACCUGGAGGAGGAGAGAGCCGUUGCCGCUCCCAUGAAACUUUUUAAGGAGCACCAGUCAUUUCCUCAAAGCAGGAACGGAUUUAAAGUUGGCAUGAAGUUAGAGGGAUUGGACCCCUGUCACCCUGCUCUCUUCUGCGUUUUGACCGUUGCAGAGGUGCAAGGCUACAGGAUUCGGCUUCACUUUGACGGUUACCCUGAGUGCUAUGACUUCUGGGUAAAUGCUGACUCAUGGGAUGUGAAACCACCAGGCUGGUGUGAGAAAACUGGCCUCAAGCUAUUGCUGCCAAAAGGCUGCAGAGAUGGAGAGUUUAACUGGAACACAUAUGUAAAGAACUGUAGGGGUCAGCUGGCCCCCAAACAUCUCUUCAAGAGUCUUAAUACAUCGGUCACACCGUCAGGAUUCCGUGCGGGGAUGAAGCUGGAAGCCGUUGACAGGAAAAACCCAUCACUCAUCUGCGUCGCAACCAUUGCUGCUGCUGUUGACAACCGGCUCCUCAUUCACUUUGACAACUGGGAUGAUUCAUAUGAUUAUUGGUGUGAUGCCAGCAGUCCAUACAUUCAUCCAGUAGGUUACUGUGAGGAGGCUGAGUUAACACUCACUACACCUGCAGAUUAUAAGCCACCCAAGGUUUUUACUUGGGAAAAGUAUCUUGAGGAAACUGGAGCCCAGGCUGCACCAGCAAGAGCCUUUAAACAGAGACCACCGCAUGGCUUUCAAGCUGGGAUGAAACUGGAGGCCGUGGACAAACGUAAUGCCAUGCUUAUCCGUGUAACCACCAUCUCUGAUGUAGAAGACCACAGAAUCAAGGUCCAUUUUGAUGGCUGGAGUGAUGAAUAUGAUUAUUGGCUAGAUGCUGAUAGCCCUGAUCUGCACCCAGUAGGCUGGUGUCAGAAGACAGGUCAUCCUCUACAACAACCCAACGGUCCCAGAGAUUCUCCAGUGCCUCCAGGACAAGGCUGCCCAACCCCAGGAUGCAACGGAGUAGGACACAUUAGAGGACCUCGGUAUGGAACACAUUACACGGCAGUGAGCUGUCCAUACUCAGAUCUGAAUUUGAAUAAGGACGGGCUGGUGCCGGACAGACUAGGCGGGGAGAGGCCGGUCACGCUCAGUGGACCCCCGCGCCACCGGCGUGCAGAAACACUCACUCAGACGCAUCCUCCCACACCCACCGCCAGCACCCCUGAACCCCCUGACACCACCACGGACGCCUGUCCACAAGCUCGCCCAGUCCGUGAGCACGUUGUGUCUGCCAGUGCUCCCAAAUGUGUCAAGCCACCUCAAGUGAAGCAGGAAGGUGACGGGAAAGAUUCUCUUCAGCAGUUCCUGCAUGAGUCUGUGUUUUGUGGAUGGGAGCCACCGAGGUUUCAUCUGUGUUGGGAAAAGCAUGGCAAACUCUUGCCUGAAGCUUUAGGCCUCACUGCCAAGAGAGUGGCCAAAUGGAACACAGAAGAGGUGGCAACUUUUGUAAGAGGGCUGCCUGGCUGCAGAGAGCAUGCUGCAACCUUUAGGAAGGAGCAAAUUGACGGCGAGGCCUUCCUGCUCCUUACUCAAUCAGACAUUGUUAAGAUUCUGAGCAUCAAGCUAGGACCUGCUUUAAAAAUUUAUAAUUCGAUCCUCAUGCUGAAGAGCGCAGAUGAGGAGUAGACAACUCACAGUGACUGCUGCUCCAUCAAACAACAUGUUUGAAAGUUGCUCUCGCCCCCACCGAUGUGUCCAGCAGACUAACAAAUGAUGGACUGAUGGACAUUGACAGAAUCAGCCAAUUCAACAAACUUCAUGUGAUCAGAAAUAUCACAGCUAUAGAUUUGAUAUCUCUGCACUCGCUCUAAAUUAGAACUCGUAUUCUCUUUUGAAAUCGAUCGUUUGAUUCGUAUUAGACUCUGGGAGGGGUGAGUACACUACACUGAGGCACCUUAAAUUGUUGAAAACUUAACUGGAUUCUUUCAUUGUUAAUAUUUAUGUUUUUAUGACGGCUAAUUAUGGCAUGAUGGUGGAGCUUUUACUUGAAAUUUAUUUUUUUGUCUGUAAAAAUGCAAAAAGACCUGUGUUUGUAAUUGAACACACAUCCUAAAUAAUCCAAAUGAGCCUGUUUGAGACCACUAGAGGGCAGCAGGAUUGUGUGUGUGCGUGUGUGCGAGUGUGAAACACUUUUGCAAGCAUGUGUGAGUGAGAAAAAUGUAUAAUAGUUUGCUUGCAUAUAAUGUCAGGGAAUUCUUGCUCUGGGCAAACCUGGAAUUGAAUGUCUCAGUUUGUAUUUACUUAUGAAAUGUUUGAUCUUGUAAAUUGCAUUUGUAAAUUGAGGAAAUUGUAUAGUGAAUUGGACAGUGUGCUGACUCAGUAGACACUGCAAAUAGAGUUAGGAAUAGAAAUGAGGGUUGUGUGUGUGAGUGUGUGUAUUUUAAGCCUCUGAGACCCUGACAUUUGCCUUGUACAUGCAUUCCUGAGUACUAAGAUAUUUUGUUAUGUCCUUCACUGAGCAAAAAGCUUUUUGUACAUCUCUGACCUGCUGUAUAAUACAGCUGUAAUUCUCAGCUACGCUACAACUGAUUUUACAUGUUGGAGUCACAUCGUUUUCAUGUACUGGUUUGGAUUUGCAGUGCUUCUCAAAGCUGUUGUUAUACGCACAUGCAUAUGGAGGUUUGGUCGUGUGGCAUUAGGUUUGGAAACUGGAUAAAAAAUUGAAAAUGGGUGUACAAAAACUAAAAUACUGAAAUAAUCUGCAGAUGCAUUUGGAUGAUGAUUGAAACCAAGAUUUAGGGAAUCCUCAUUGCAGUGGUUAGGGUCAAGGAUGGGUUUACAUCAGAUUUUGAUUGUUUUCUUUGGUUUGUGUGCGUGUUUGUAGAUUAAAUGUCUCUGUCAGCAGACUCUUGUUUGUGUGACUGAUUGUGUGUUUCUGAGUUUAUUUUCUCGUACAGUCUCGAAUGGAUGAAUGAGAUUGAAAGAGAAUAAAUAAGGAUUUCCAACAAAGCUGUUGUAUUAUUAUUAUUUUUUUUUUUUUUGGAGUCUUGUCAUUUUAAUGGAUGCUUAAAGAAUUCUAUCAUAUCCCACAUGCCUUUCUUUACCGAAAUGAAAUUUUCAAUGGUAAUGCUUAUGAAGAAGCUCAGUGGAUUUUCUUUUGUGUCUGUUGUAUGCAAACAUGCUGUAUUUGAGAGAAAAAAAAUUGUUUGGACUUUU